AUGGAGGAUAAGAAACUGAUUUCUGCUACAGACGCACAAUAUUCUAGUGUGCUCCUUCAGUCCUUAAAUGAACAACGUGGCCAUGGACUUUUUUGUGAUGUUACUGUCAUCGUAGAGGAUCGGAAAUUUCGAGCUCACAGAAACAUCCUUUCUGCCUCAAGCACAUAUUUUCACCAGCUUUUCUCAGUGGCUGGACAAGUGGUUGAACUGAGCUUUGUAAGAGCAGAAAUUUUUGCAGAAAUACUUAACUAUAUCUACAGCUCCAAAAUAAUCCGCGUUCGAUCAGAUUUGCUUGAUGAGCUGAUUAAAUCGGGGCAACUAUUGGGUGUUAAAUUCAUAGCUGAUCUGGGUGUACUGCCGUCAGAAGGAAAAACCAUGCCAGGUGAGGGCAAAGAUGCUUCAGAAAGUGUGGCUACUAGCCCGGGUCAAAGGGAUGCUCAGACACAGGUUCCUGCAACACGGCAGGAGAGUCAAGAGGUAUCGGGCGGGAUGCCGGUUAUAACAGAGUCGUUCUCCUUACAUGGCAUACAGUACGAGGCUGCAAAAAUCACCGUGAGUGAUUCCGAUGACGAAGACGACGAUGUCAUCUUUUGCUCCGAGAUUGUUCCCCCGAAGGAAUGUGCUAAAGAUACCAGUGCUGCAACGCAGAGCCAGCCUUGCCCAAGUCCAGCUGAAGUGUCUGACCAAAAAUCAUGCGGUGGUGGUGGCUCUCCCCUUCUGAGCACCACUGCAACAACUCAAAAACUAAUUUCACCUGCCAGUCAGCCAAGUCCAAACCAAACACAAUCAAGUGCCGAAUCUCCUGUCGCUCCGACCCCACAGCAUUUGACUCCCAAUAUCAUUUUGCUAAACCAGGCUCCACUUAAUUCUUCACCCAGCGUCAGCUCCUCUAAUCAAACAAAUGUGCCCCCUACAAUUAAUUUGCUUGAGGAGAAUCAGCAGCCACCUAAGAAAGAUUCUGUAACUGAAACAGCUGCCGUUGAUGUUGAUGAGGAAGAUGUUGAAGAUGAUGAAAUCAUUAGUUCCUCUAGUCCUGGUUCAGUCAGCAGUAACUCUUUGGUUCAGCCACCUUCUACACCCAAGGCAGCACCCUCUGAAAGUUCAGGUGUACAGAAAAAACAGCUUGUUACAUGUUCACAAGAGCCAUCUUCAAAACCCGGUGAAUUCAAAAUAAAAAUCUCCGAUGUUCUGACUGGAAACAACAAGGAAUUUAAUGCAGGUAUAGCACCAAAACAUGUGGCGGAAGGGCAGAAAAUCAUAACCUUAGAUACAGCGACUGAAAUAGGAGGCUUAUCCACGGGGUGUAAGGUUUAUGCAAAUAUUGGUGAGGAUACCUACGACAUCGUCAUUCCUGUGAAGGAUGAUCCCGAGGAAGGGGAGGCCAAACUCGAUGAAACACCUCGAACAUCCGGCGAUGAUUCUCCAAGCAGGAAACGCAUGAAAGUAAAGCACGAUGACCAUUACGAGCUCAUAGUGGAUGGCAGGGUCUACUACAUUUGUAUUGUAUGUAAAAGGUCAUACGUAUGUCUGACGAGUUUACGGAGACAUUUUAAUGUUCACUCCUGGGAGAAGAAGUAUCCGUGUCGAUACUGUGACAAGGUUUUCCCGCUGGCAGAGUACCGUACAAAGCAUGAAAUUCAUCACACUGGUGAGCGGAGGUACCAGUGCUUGACGUGUGGCAAAUCUUUCAUCAACUAUCAAGUUAUGGCCACGCACAUAAGAUCUGUUCACAGUCAAGACCCUUCUGGAGACACCAAGCUCUACCGCUUGCACCCUUGCAGGUCGCUGCAGAUCAGACAAUACACAUAUAUCUCCGACCGCUCGAGCAGUAUACCUGUCAUAAACGAGGAUGGAAUUGUUUAUCAUGUGGGCACAGGAAAGGAUGGUGCCGAAGGAACAACAUCUGCUCCUCCUGCCAAACAAAUGACCUGGGAUGACAUUUUCAUUCCACAAGGAAAUGAAGCAAUUUUUAAACAAAAUCCAUCAGAGGGAAGUACUGAGUUUGAGUUUGUAAUACCAGAGUCUUACUGAAAUGUAUUAAAUGCUGGGUUGGGCAAAAAGCUUCA